CAGCAGCGCAGGGGCCGGGGAGGGAAGGAAGGAAGCGUUGAGAGAGGAGAGCAGCGGGAGCAGCAAGUUGAUGAGGAGGAGGGCGACGAGUGAAGAAAGCACAAGAAGAAGAAGAAGGAGGGAGGCGCAGCUCGACGGUGGAGAGGAGGAGCAGAGCAGGAGGACGAGGAGGAGGCGGUGGUGGGAGUAGCGCAACGAGGACGGGAGACGGCGCAGAGGCGGAGGAGGAGGAGGAGCGUAAGGGGAUGAACGCAGGGUCAGACGGGGCUGGGGGGAAGAGAUGAGCGGGAGGACGGGGUGCAAGAGAGGUACCCAUGAGGGAGCAUGAGGGAUUGGCCGAGAUCGCUAGAGGGGAAGAGGAAAAUCUCAACACAUCGACCUCGCAAGAGGAAGUGGUAGAGCGCGAGAGACGAGAUCGGUUGGCGGGCGCGGAGCGGGAUCUCGUGGAGCGGGAUCUCGUGGAGCGUCACCACAAUCAGGAAAUCCUGGAGCAUCAAUGCGGUUCCACUCUCUACCAGGAGAUCGACGCGCCGGUGGAGUUGGUGUGGUCCAUUGUGAGGCGGUUCGAUCAGCCGCAGUCGUACAAGCAUUUCCUGCAGAGCUCGUCGCUGCUCAUCGGCGAGGGCGCGCCCGGCAGCGUCAGAGAGGUGCGGCUGGUCUCGGGCCUGCCCGCCACCAACAGCAUCGAGCGCCUGGAGGUUCUCGACGACGCCAACCACGUGAGCAGCUUCCGAGUGCUGGGAGGCGGGCACAGGUUGAAGAAUUACUGGUCCGUGACGUCGCUGCAUGAGCGCGUGUCCAAUGGCCGCCGCAAAACCAUGGUCAUCGAGUCGUAUGUGGUGGACGUGCCCGAGGGCAAUUCCAAGGAGGACACCAUGGUCUUCGUGGACACGCUCGUCAGGUGCAACUUGAAAUCGCUCACCACCGUCGCCGAGCAGACCGUGCUCCAAACCACGACCAGCAAUCUCAAGAUCAAGUCCGAAGUCUAGGUCGGACUUUACACCCACGGAAUUUUUGGAUGCUCCCCUUGCUCUUCAUCCCCUCCCCCCUUGCAUACUUCGCAGAUCUUCCUGGCCUCCCGCCGCUUGCCUGUCUUCUCUCUGUGAGUCGUGGGGCUCUCUCGCCUGAGAGCUGCUCACCCCCCUGUCCAGUUUUGUGGGAGUGGCGCGGGCGUGUCCCGUCCGUCGCCGCUGGUAGUUCAUGUGUCCGUGGAGUUAAGAGAGUUGCUGUGGUGCGGAGGCUCGCUAUUGCAGGUCCCGCGUCGGAUUAAUUCGACCUGCGAACCGACCGAGGAUGGCCAUCGCGGGGCUGGCAGCCGGCCACACGCGGAACACGGAGCUCCCAGCGUUGUCGAGCAAGAUGAUGAAUGAGCAGUUUCUCCCGGGAGCAGCGGUGUAUUCGGGACUCUCCAAGGUACAAGAGCGCAAUGGCUCGCGCAGUCAAUUUUAGUGAUGGAUAGGUGUACUUCCGCACAGCAUCCUCGUCUGCCGUGCGUUUUCAAUUUUUGCUUGCUGAGUGUUCUAUCAUGCAGCUCAUAUCAAGCAGUAAAAGGACAUUGAUGGCUCCGAAGAAAUUUGUGAAGUCCAGGAAAGCUCUCAAGCACCCGGCGAUUGUAGUUCGUACAUAGUUUGGAGUUCUUUGUGUGAUAUAUUAACGUUGAUUCCGAGCUUUGCCAUUAUCGUUCCUUCGUCCGUCUGCCUCUGUACAUGUGUUGACUUGGACAUGUCUUCCUCUUAUUGUAAUUUAAGCAAUGUAAAACGCCGCGAGUUCAACU